AUGUCAACCAUAGAAGACGCCUUCCAGGCAGCCAUUGACGCCGGCAAAAUCAACGGCGGCGUCAUCUGCGCAACAAACACCAAAGGAGACUUCAUCUACAACAAAGUCUUCGGACAAAGAACACUUCUCUCCGGCGAGAAAGUACCUCAGAAGCUAGACGAUAUUCUCACUCUUGCUUCAGCUUCCAAACUUCCAGCCAGUAUCGCUGCUCUGCAAUGUGUCGAAGAAGGUCUUCUCACUCUCGACGGAGAUUUAUCAAAGAUUGCUCCUGAACUGGCUGAGAAGAAGGUUUUGACGGGUUGGGAGGGAGAUGAACCUAUUUUUGAAGAACCUGCGAGGGUAAUUACGUUAAAAAUGCUUCUAACGCAUAGUGCUGGGACGCCUUAUGAUUUUCUUGAUCCAAAGAUUGGAAAGUGGAGCGCCAAAUUCAAACCAAAAGAUGAAUCGAAAAAGACGGUGGAAGACACUUUCAUCUAUCCUCUCACGCACCACCCUGGAGAGGGAUGGAUGUAUGGAUCCGGUUGUGACUGGGCAGGUCGAAUCGCCGAGCGUGUCACAGGCGAAACUUUGGAAAAACGACUCCAUGACAAAAUCCUGAAGCCGCUCGGUUGUGAGAACGAUGCACAGUUCUAUCCUGUUACAAGAGAGGAUUUGAGAGAGCGGCUUGUUGAUCUUAACCCUGGUGAUCCGGAAGGUCUUGGUUAUGCUAUCAUGGGUCAAGGUGCUUUUAUCAACGGUCGAUCAGCAGGAUGUUUCGGCGGUCACGGUUUAGCUAUGUCUGCCACAAGCUACAUCAAGAUCCUACACUCGCUCCUUUCCAAUGAUGGAAAGAUUCUCAAGAAGGAGACCGUGGAGGAUAUGUUCCAACACCAUCUUACGCCUGAAGCAACAGCUGGCCAUCAAGCCAUGCUCUCCAGCCCCAUGGGUUCAUUCUUUAAAGUCGGUAUCGAAGACGCAAAACUCGGUCACGGUCUCGGAGGUGUUGUCACACUGGAGGAUGUGGAGGGGUGGUACGGUGCUAACACCAUGAGCUGGGGAGGAGGACUCACGAUAACAUGGUUCGUGGAUAGGAAGAAUGACCUUUGCGGUAUUGGUGCUGUGAAUGCGAGAAUUCCUCUGGAUGGAGAAGUUACGCAGACAGCGACGGAUUUGAAGGAUGUUUUUAGGAAGGAUAUCUAUCGCAAGUAUCAUGCGUGGAAGAGCUGA